AAGACAAGAGGAGGAGGAGAGGCAUGUGAGGACUUCAGGGAGGUUAAAGGAGUUUCCAAAAAGUUAUUUGGAGGUAGAAGAGAGAAAAAUUCACAACUGGACGACUCACCUUUCAAAGACGGAGGCAUCAUCUCCUGUGGAGUUACCGGAGGUCAAAGUUCAAGUAGCGGUGGAGUGUCAUAAUGGCAGUGAGACCUCUCCUGCUCGUCCUGGGACUCACUGCAGCUGCUGUUAUUGAGGCUCAGGGACCGUGGAGAACAGAGUUCAACCCAUCAUUAUUCCAUGUUAAUGACAACUAUGAGUGGACUUCCUGGUUCAAUGUGGAUCAUCCGGGGGGUCGUGGAGACUAUGAGCAGCUGGAGGCCAUUCGUUUCUAUUAUAAAACCCGAGUGUGCUCUGUCCCACGAGCGCUGGAGGCCCGGACCACUGACUGGAUCCCAGCCAGAGAGACUGGAGAGAAGAUCCACGCGGACCCCACUGUGGGAUUCUGGUGCCUCAAUGAAGAGCAGGGGCCAGAACGCAACUGCUCCAACUACGCUGUGCGCUUCCUCUGUCCAAAAGGUUUUUCCACAGACAGUGUGGAUGUGGAGGGGACCUGGGGCCCCUGGUCAGACUGGAGUGAAUGCCCUGCGCUCUGUGGGCAGGUUGGGAUGCAGCUCCGAUACAGAAAGUGCCAGAGCAGCUCUGUGCCCUGCAUCGGGUCUAAAGUGGAAGGCAAAGAGUGUAAAGGACCUGAAUGUCCCAGGAAAGCAGAGUGCAGGCUAAAGUGUGUGAUGGGCAGAGUGAACGCCGACUGUGACGCCUGUAUGUGUGAGGACCACAUGGUGCUGGGGUCAGUGCGCGGGGCAGGGGGUCUGGCAGCAGAGGGCGCUGUGAUCCUGCGCUCUGGUAAACUUCUGACUGUAAGUGAUCACAAUGGACACUUCAGAGUCCCAGGUCUCUGUCCAGAUUCCAACACCACAGUGACAGUGAGACUCCAGGGACACAUCCCCCAAAGUGUGGUGGUCCCAGAGAGCAGCACCCGCACCUCAGUGCUCAGUGUGCAGCUGCGCCGGACAGAGAAACUUCAUGUAUCGAGUAAUCCUGAAAGUAAAAUCAGAAGAGAAGGACAAACAGCCGCGUUCUGCUGCAAAGUGACAGGGACCCCUCCUCCAGACACAUACCAGUGGUUUCACAACGACAGCCUUCUGGAGAAGCAGUCAGAAAAUACACUGGUACUGAAGAAUCUUCAGCCUGAGCAGGCGGGCGAGUACUACUGCAGAGCAAGUGGAGCGUCAGGAGCCAUCAAGACCAAAGCAGCCACACUCAGAGUCAUUGGGAACAAAGACCAAUCAUGUAAUCCCACGCCUGAGCCAAACCUCAUCCGACUUCCCUUUGACUGCUUCCAAAACAGCACCAACUCCUUCUACUACGACGUUGGCAGGUGCCCUCCCAGAACAUGCGUGGGGCGGCUGGACAGUGGCAUCAGGUGCAAAGACAAAGUGUCUUAUUGCUGCGGAGUGUCCAAGAUGGAGGAGAAGCAGCUGCAGUGUCAGGGCUAUGAGCUCCCGACUAAGGUGGUGACUGAAUGUGGCUGUCAGAAAUGUGUGGAGACCAAAGCAGUCGUGUACGGCAGGGCGGUCGCUGCGGACAACGGUGAGCCAAUGAGAUUUGGACAUAUUUUUAUGAAUGGAGUUCGAAUCAGCCGCACGGGUUACAAAGGCACCUUCUCAGUCCAAGUUCCUCCAGACACAGAGAGGUUAGUUUUAACGUUUGUGGACAACAUGCAGAAAUUCAUCAACACGACCAAAGUCCUUCCGUUCAACUCUAAAGGAGGAGCCAUUUACCACGAAAUCAAACUGAUAAGAAAGAAAGCUCCCGUGACUAUUAGCUCAACAGAAACAAACACACUUGAGCUGGGAGAAGUGGAAGGACAAGAAGCCAUGGUACAACUCCAAAUUCCUCCUCAUUCUUUUUACACUGAGAGCGGAGAGGUCUACACGGGCGACGUCAACGCUAGUGUUACAUUCCUUGACCCGAGAGACGUGUCCACAGCUGCAGCGGUUCAAAGCGAUCUAAACUUUGUCGGUGAAGAAGGCGACACUCUUCCUCUGAGAACGUACGGGAUGUUUUCGGUGGAUUUUCGUAGCGGGGACAACAACGAGCCCCUAAACGCAGGUGAGGUAAAAGUGUUUUUGGAUUCCUCGCAGGUGACCAUGUCUGAACAUCUGGAGAACAUGAUGCUGUGGUCACUGAAUCCUGAAACUGGACUGUGGGAGGAAGAGGGCAGCUUGAAGAUGGAGAAAACGAAGAGGGGAAAACGUGAGGAGAGGACGUUUUUGAUUGGAAACAUGGAGAUCAGAGAGAGGAGACUGUUUAACCUGGACGUCCCAGAGAAUCGAAGGUGUUACGUCAAAGUCCGGGCUUUCCGUAGCGAGCGCUUUAUGCCCAGCGAGCAGGUCGAAGGCGUCGUGGUCAGUCUUAUAAACAUGGAGCCGACAGCUGGUUUCUCCACCAACCCGAGGGCAUGGGGAAGGUUCGAUAGCGUCAUCACGGGUCCGAAUGGCGCUUGUCUUCCCGCCUUUUGCGACGAACAGAAGGCAGACGCUUACACUGGCUUUGUUUUGGCCAAUCUUGGUGGAGAGGAACUGGAAGCUGUCCCAUCCAGCCCUAAACUGAACCCCAACCUCAUAGGCGUACCGCAGCCCUUUUUGGGUAAACUCAACUAUAGGCGCACGGACCACGACGACAAAAGAUUGAAGAAGACGGCGUUUAGCAUCAACGUGGCAAAACCAAGUCCGAACGCGGCGGAGGAGGGAAAUGGGCCUAUCUAUGCUUUCGAGGGGUUAAAAGAGUGUGAGGAGGCACCUUUUAGCGCCGCUCACUUCCGUUUUUCGAGGGUAGAAGGGGACAGAUACGAUUACAACACCGUUCCGUUCAACGAAGACGAUCCGAUGAGCUGGACCGAGGACUAUCUGAGCUGGUGGCCAAAGCCGAUGGAGUACAGAGCGUGCUACAUCAAAGUGAAACUGAACAGUCCACAUGAGCUAAAUGUAAGGUCAAGAAACAUGGGCGGGACUCACCCAAAGACAGUAGGACAGUUGUACGGCCUUCGGGAUACUCGUAGCAUAAGAGAUAUGGACCACGCCACCGUUUCGGCCGUGUGCGUGGAGUUCAAGUGCAGUGGGAUGUUGUACGACCAAGAACGUGUAGACAGGACCCUGGUGAAAAUCAUCCCGCAAGGAAGCUGUAAAAGAGAACAAGUCAACACAAUGCUUCAGGAGUAUUUAGUCAACCAUCUGCCUUUAGCGGUCAAUAACGACACCAAUGAGUUCACUAUGCUGGCGCCGCUGGACCCUCUUGGACACAACUACGGCAUCUACACGGUGACAGACCAGGACCCCCGCACGGCCAAAGAGAUCGCCCUGGGACGCUGCUUCGACGGCACCUCGGAUGGUACUUCUCGCGUGAUGAAAAGUAAUGAGGGUGUGGCUUUAACGUUCACGUGUGGAGAUAAGGAGGUGGGUCGCCAAAGCGUUUUCCAGACAGUUCAAAACGCUCAAGCUCAGGCAGGGGGCAGUGUGGUGAGGGGAGAGAGCAGAGGGGGGAGGAGAAGGCAGAGGGGCUCCAGUGCACCACGAAACAGUCGCAGACGCAGCACCAGAGAUCCUACAGCGAGGCGCAAGAGCUAAACAGUGAAUAUACUGUUAAAAUGUACUGCUAUUGUAAUGGAUGCAAAGUAUUUUUAUAACAACUCACAAUUAACUAAAAGCUUUGAUUGUUUCUAUUGUUGAUCAUCAUGUAUUUUUGCAGAUUUGUAAACUUUUAACUGUACUGUGGUAAAUGUGUACUUGAAAUUGUAAAUAGCGUAUUUAUUAGACGUGCUGUGAA